AGCCGUACACCGCGCAUGCUCCAAGCGCGGCGCCCCCGACUCUGCGCUCGGCUCGCAUCGGGCAUUUCCGCCUCUUUGUUUUAAACUCCGGACGGGUUUUUUUCUCCUCCUCUUGGGGGGGACCCGGAGGGAGCGGCACCCCCUCCCCCUCCGGCGCUGCCCUCGCGUGCGCCUGAGUCCUGAGACCGCAGGCUUCACAAUGUAGCAGGGACUCCAGGCUGUCGCUCUCAGAAAAUGGAAAAAGAGCAGCGGCCAGGAGGGUGCAGAAGCCAGCCCAUGCACGGAGUCCGGAGGGAUCCUCGCGUCCAAGUGGCGGCCUAAAGCCUCCAUGCCACGGCAGAGGGACGGACAGGCAGAAGUCUAGAGGAGAAGCCAAAGAUGUUGACCAGGAAGAUUAAGCUGUGGGACAUCAACGCCCACAUCACCUGCCGCCUGUGCAGCGGGUACCUCAUUGAUGCGACUACAGUGACCGAGUGUCUGCACACGUUCUGCAGGAGCUGCCUAGUGAAGUACCUGGAGGAGAACAACACCUGCCCCACAUGCAGGAUCGUCAUCCACCAGAGCCACCCACUGCAGUACAUCGGUCAUGACAGAACCAUGCAGGAUAUCGUUUACAAAUUGGUGCCUGGUCUCCAGGAAGCGGAAAUGAGAAAACAGAGGGAAUUCUAUCACAAAUUGGGCAUGGAAGUGCCUGGAGACAUCAAGGGGGAGACCUGUUCUGCAAAGCAACACUUAGAUUCCCAUCGGAAUGGUGAAACCAAAGCAGACGACAGUUCCAAUAAGGAAGCCGCUGAGGAGAAGCCAGAGGAGGACAACGACUACCACCGCAGUGACGAGCAGGUGAGCAUCUGCCUGGAGUGCAACAGCAGCAAAUUGCGGGGACUCAAGCGGAAGUGGAUCCGCUGCUCGGCCCAGGCCACCGUCCUGCACCUAAAGAAGUUCAUCGCCAAAAAACUUAACCUUUCGUCCUUCAAUGAGCUGGACAUUUUAUGCAACGAGGAGAUCCUGGGGAAGGACCACACGCUCAAAUUCGUGGUUGUCACACGGUGGAGAUUCAAGAAGGCACCACUCCUGCUGCACUACAGACCCAAGAUGGACUUGCUGUGAGUGGCACUGCCUGGACACCCACAGACUGGCCUCGCACCCUCAGCGUUUCACGCGGGCUGUUCGCACGGCUGCCGCACUUUGGAAUGUUGCCCCGGGUGUCAUGUGGACCCGACUUCUGAAUAGAGAUAUUUAUAACUUUUGUAUGCGAGAACUCACACUCAACAAGACACUACCAGCACCACGUUUACAGAGGAUGAAAACACUUCACAGUCUCACGUAGCUGCACAGCGCGUCUCCCGCUCAGUCCCGAGCCAGCGUCACGUGUGCAGCGCGACACAGCGUUGAAAAGCCACCUUCCAACACAGAUGACCUUUGCUUGUUUUCCAGGUCUUGAACAUCGGAGAUUGUUUUGUUUAGUUUAUUAAUUAGGUUUCAUGAUAAGCCUCAAAAAUAGUUGUGCUUUUAUUGAGUCCUUCCUAAGUUAUUGAAAAAGUAUCUUUUCAUGGUAAAUGACAAUAUUUAUGUUGCCUUUAGCUUCUUGAAGACUGAGAGGAUAUAUAAAAAUCUAAUUUAAAAGCA